AUGUAUCUCAAAAUUAUCUAUGGACUGGUUGGUUUGUUCGCACUUUGGAUAGUGUCUUUCGCUAGUUACAUCACAUACAAAAGAUGGAACCACCGAGGAAAUGUUCACCGUGAAUUCACCAACGUUGUGGUGAAUACGGACGUCGAAAUGAGUUCUGUAGCUGAGCGGCAAAAAGUGGAUCACUUUAGACUUGAUCGAGAUCAAAUAACAACAGUAAAGGAGCUUGGGAAUGGCAACUUUGGUCAAGUGUCCAAAGCAGUUUACAAACCUUUGAUUUCCGAAGUGGCUGUCAAGUCUUUGAAAGGCAACGCUUCAAAGAAGGACUUGCAAGACUUGCUGACUGAAUUGGAUCUCAUGAAAACCUUGAUGCCUCAUCCUCAUGUUGUUAAAUUCAUUGGCUAUUGUAUUGAGAAAGACCCACAUCUCCUAGUGUUGGAGUAUUUACCAUAUGGUGAUUUGUUGGGAUAUCUGCGCAAAAGCAGAGGAAUUGAGGAUCCUUAUAACACAGGAGAAAAGAGACCAAGCUCAACGCUCACAGAAAAGGACCUCUUGUCCUUUGCGUGGAUGAUCGCUGAUGGUAUGAGCUAUUUGUCAUCAAUGAAGAUAAACUCUACCAUACCACACCCACCAAAUUUCAUUACGCUUUAA